AUUUGGGAAUGCAAUGAACAACAGACCUGGAGAACCAGCAUCACAGAAACUGAGGUUAACAAGAUCUUGGAGCUUCACGACCAAGGGCUUGGUACCUCAUGGUCGCAUGGUCCAACUGAAAAGCACUGGGACAUCUUGCUCUCUGGACACCACCACUGCACAAAGCCCCUGCCAGGUUCCCAGGACCAUCCGUACAGCUGCGGGGCUGGCUCUUCCUCCACCGUAAUUCUGGGUUGCACCUGACCUGUAGGAGAAACCUUUCAGCUAAAAACUUGGAUGUGGCCCUAGGCGUCAAGAAGCAAGCAUGCUGCUCCAGAACUACGAUACGGAUAAAGCAUGGACACGAGGGAGAGCCACGUGGCUGUCCAGUAGAGCUUCCAACAGUCGUGUCAAGUGAUAAUCACUGCAGCCUGACACAAUGAGGUCUCCCUGGCAGUAUUUUAGUUCCCUGCUGGUGAGCAGCUCAGCUCUGUGCCGUGCCCAAGUGUGGAGCGCGUCGAAGCGAGCCCGCUGCAGGGAUGCUAGCAAGACCCUGACUCACAGCCGGGAUGGACUUCCUCUGCUUGUGACUGUACCCCGGCCCUGGAUCCUCUUUGGAGCAGCUACCAGUAGGGCCAAAUUUCACAGUUUUAUGGCGUGCUGCCUUGGACCUUUUCAGAGCUAGCAAAGGCUGAUGGAAAACAGCAUCUAGCUCCAGUGUGAGUGUGAGAUACUCGCCCUGCUCCCCGAAUGUGUCCCUGCACCUCCAUCCCUGGAAGCAGUGCCCUGUGACAAGCACCAGAUGUGCAGCCCGCUGCGAAGAGCCUCCUUUCCUGAGCCCAUGUGCCCUCUUCCAAGAAAAAAAAUGUUGGACCUGGAAACCAGCUGGAGAGUGCAAAGUUUCCUUCCCCUCGAGGCUGCUGCUCAGUGGUCGUCUUCCACCAUACGAGAGGAACCUAGAAGAGCUCUGCUCUGACUUCUGGAAGGUUUGUUCCACGAUGGAAGAUCAAAAGAUUUUCUGGCUCUGGCUUUGUGAAAUUCGGCAUCUGCCUUGGACCUGCCAUUUGGAAAAGGGAUCGUCUCUGAGGCACAGUUAAGAGACAGGAGAACCGGUCUCAGACGAUGAGCACUUUAAGUAGCACUGGAAUAUUAGUCAGCUUAACGACAGUGUCUGUUACACUGGAUUUUAGUUUGCAUGGUGGUCUCAUGGCUUGGUCCUUAAGCAGCAAUUUGACUCUGAAUCAGAGUUUGCCUACGUCUGAUCCUCUUAAUGCCUCUGAGAAGGAGGAUGUCUCUCGGAUGUCCGUAAGGGAGAAGAACUGGCCAGCCCUCCUGAUCCUGGUCGUCAUCCUGCUGACCAUUGGGGGCAACAUACUGGUAAUUAUGGCUGUGUCCUUGGAGAAGAAGUUGCAGAACGCCACAAACUUCUUCCUGAUGUCUUUGGCGGUGGCAGACAUGCUGGUGGGUAUCCUGGUCAUGCCCGUGUCCCUCAUUGCAGUCCUGUACGAUUAUGCUUGGCCUUUGCCUAAACAGUUGUGCCCUAUAUGGAUUUCCCUAGAUGUGCUCUUUUCAACUGCAUCUAUAAUGCAUCUCUGUGCCAUCUCUCUUGAUCGGUAUGUAGCAAUACGCAAUCCCAUUGAGCACAGCCGCUUCAAUUCCCGCACCAAGGCUAUUAUGAAAAUUGCUGCAGUUUGGACCAUAUCCAUAGGGAUCUCUAUGCCCAUUCCAGUCAUUGGUUUGCAGGAUGACUCCAGGGUGUUCGUAAACGGGAGCUGCGUUCUCAACGACGAGAACUUUGUCCUCAUUGGGUCCUUUGUGGCAUUCUUCAUCCCCCUCAUCAUCAUGGUGAUCACGUAUUGCCUCACCGUGCAGGUGCUGCAGAGACAGGCGACGGUGUUCAUGUGCGGUGAGGUGCCCAAGCAGCGGAGGAGCAGUGUAAACUGCCUAAAGAAAGAAAACAACACAGAGAACAUUUCAAUGCUUCACAAUCAUGAGGGGGCAUCACAUUUGAACUCUCCAGUAAAUAAGGAAGCAGUGCUUUUUCGGAAAGGAACUAUGCAGUCCAUCAACAACGAGCGAAGAGCCUCCAAGGUCCUGGGCAUUGUCUUCUUUCUGUUCCUCAUCAUGUGGUGCCCGUUUUUCAUCACUAACAUCAUGUCUGUCCUUUGCAAGGAAGCCUGCGAUAAAGUCCUCUUGAGUGAACUCCUGGACGUGUUUGUUUGGGUCGGGUAUGUUUGCUCUGGGAUAAAUCCCCUCGUAUACACACUCUUCAAUAAGACCUAUCGCAGGGCUUUUUCCAAUUAUAUCCGCUGCCAAUACAAGACCAGUAAAAAAUCAGCACUGCGGCAGAAUCAGUGCCUGAAUGUUGCUUCAACAGCAUUGUAUGGGAAAGAUCUGACUUUAACUAGUUACCGGAAUGGCAAUGAAUUCAACAGCAUGGAACUAGAUGAAGUUGAGGAGGGUCUAGAAAUGCAGCCAGGGACUUCAGAGCUCUCCAUAAACAGCUGUAAUGUUGUAAGCGAAAGAGUGAGCUGUGUGUAAAGGUGGCUCACACAGCCUUUUGCUACGGUAUAUCUGUAGCCAAAAUAUAUUGUGUAAAAAAUGUAAGUGUUGGUCAAAGAACAAUGUAAAUAUUGCAUUCUGAACAAAGCUUUUUUUUUUUUUAACGAAAAAAGAGUUGUCCUUCCAGUCCAGUACUUAAAAUCAGAUAUAUUAAUAUAUUGCAGUGAAGUUUAAGGUUCUAUAUUUACUGUUAAUACUAGAUCAGAAAUAUUAGUUACUUUGCAUAUGUCAUGGACAAACUGUUUGAAUUCUUCUUCCAGUGCAUGAACAAAAAUGCUGAAUAUUUAUCUCAGGUGGCAUUUGCUGGAGUCCAGAAUGGCGUGGUAAUAGUUAUAUAUCAAAUACAUGCUAUUAGACUUGGUCAGUAUACCUUUCUUUUUCCAGUUGACAGUAAAUAUAUACUUUAAAUCCUCACCCACAUUUGUGCCAUGUAAAGACUGUACAGAAUCCUGGCGGAGAGGCAUCACAAAAGCGUAGCAGUUUUGCAGUCACUUGCCCAGACGUGUCCUAUUACGGGUAAUGGCUCGCUGGCAUACUGGGGCAAGCUCGUGCCUCGAGGGACCUCUCUUAAGUUUUGUCUCCCUCUGCAACCCUGCUGGAGUCUUCUAUUUCCUUUCCAUUCGCCAGGAGGUUCCUGCUCCAUCAGAAAGGAAGGGAAGGUAGUGCUGGUACAGGUUUGCUGUCCUGGCUGGAUCCCUUGUUCACUUGGAGAAGCCUAAGAAACAGCGCAAACCCCCAGAUAUCCGAUUGAACUGUUUAUAAGAGAGCGCCUCAGAGUGUAAAAAGCCCACCCUCCAUCCAAACGACAGCCAUGGGCGCUGGGACGGGGGAAGCUGUGAGUGGGUGCCCCGCUUUGCGGCCACCGACAGCUCGGCGCAGACGGCUCUCAGCCAUUGCUGUUGG